GCAAGUAUGCCGCCGUACGCGCGCCUGCAGGACGAGGACGAGGCGCCUCCGCCGCCUCCUCCUCCACCUCCGCCCGAGGAGGAGCUCCCGUCGGACGCGUCCAUCUCGGUGCGCCUCGCCCACGAGUCGGCGCGCGAGCUCGAGAUGCGCGGCCGCUUCCAGCUGGCGGCAGAGGUGCUGGCCCGCGCACUCGCCGACGAGGCGCAGCGGAUCAACCAGGGCACGCUUCACAACCUCGAUCUGACGGACGAGACGGCGGCGUACCAGAGCCGCAGCGUCUACCAUGCCAUGCAGGCGCAGCGGGCGCACGUGCAGGCGCUGCACCGGCGGCGGCUCCGGCACGCGUCGCCGUGGCAGAAGCGCUCUGGCCCGGCGCUGCUGCAGUGCUGCAUCGCGGGCGUCGCCCGCGGCGCCGGCGACGAGAUGCCGACCCCGCGCCGCACGCUCGAGGACCUCGCGAGCCGGUGGCACCUCCCGCCGGCGCAGGUGGAGGAGCUGUGGCGCGAGUUUGUCGAGGCGAGGGAGGCGCUGCCGCGCGGAGAGGGCUGGACGGUGGCUUGUGACUUGCCAAACACAUGUCCUGCAGGCCGCGCCAAGGCGACCGUGCUGCGGCACGUCGCUCCCGAGGUGCAGCAGGCGACCUGGUCGCUGGUGCUGCUCGACGCCGCGGCGAACGACCUCGGGUGGGCGGCGUACGUCCUCGAUGUGGUGCCGCACGAGCCGCGAGGCAUCCGCCACAAGGAGCUCUUCAGCGCGCUGCGCGACUGGUCCGAGCUGCGUCAGCUCUUCUCGGCGCGCGAGCCGUCCGAGGCGCUCCGCGAGGCGGCGCCGCGGGCGGGCGAAUGGACAAAGAACGUCUUCGACCUCUUCCGGAGAUGAGUGCCCUUUGGGCGCGAGUCGCGCUAAGGUGCGGUGUUUUUGUGUGAGUGUGUGAGGUCGACUCUUUUAUGGAUUAUGCACACGCGUAUUAUC